UAGGUGUGUGUGUGUGUAUGUAUGCAUCCUUGAACAGUCUGUGAUAAAUAGUGAGACGGCGAUGAAAGCUUUUCAAUACACUUUAUUGUCAGUCCUUCACUGUAUUGUGCUGAGUGUGUUUGUGUGUGAGGUUACGCUUGGCUGUGUUUGUGGUGCAGGGACUUUGUCCAGGACAGACUGUCUCCAGAGGAUGGAAACCAGGGCUGGGCAUAUGAUGUUAUUUCACUUACGAUGAUAGAAAUGUGUCCACCGGUAAAGAUUUGGUGACUACGGAAGAAAUGGCUAUGCUGUUAUCCAUUGGCAGGACCGGUUUAGGAUAUUUACUGUACAUGUGUGAGCGAUGUAGAAACGUGGAGUCAUGCGAAAAAAGAGAACGGGACAUGUCCCAAGCAAGUUAAGGCGAGGGAAAACUUGUUAUUAAUGGAUGUUUGGCACAGACGGAAAUAGAGUUGUUUACGGUCGCGGAGCGACGUCACAACUUGCCGCAUUAAUAGGAUGCAACAGUCGUACGGUCACAGUUGAUGUAAGUGCCACACUGCCACAGCACGUCCCCUCGUCUGCCGUCCCCAUGGAUCUGCGUGUGGACCAUCAGUUGGCCCUGGCGCCCACAGAGCCGUCCCACCAUGAGCAACAGCUCCAGCAGGAACUGCUGGCCCUCAAGCAGAAACAGCAGAUACAGCGGCAGCUGCUCAUCGCCGAGUUUCAGCGGCAACACGAGCAGCUCUCACGCCAGCACGAGGUUCAGCUGCAGGAGCAUGUCAAGCAUCAGCAGGACCUCCUGGCCCUGAAACAUCAGCAGGAGCUGUUGGAGCACCAGAGGAAGAUGGAGAGACAUCGUCAGGAGCAAGAGAUGGAGAAACAGCAACGGGAGCAAAAGCUUCAGUUACUGAAGAACAAAGAACGCGGCCAAGAGAGUGCAGUGGCGAGUACAGAGGUGAAGAUGAGGUUACAGGAGUUUGUCCUGAAUAAGAAGAAAGCUCUGGCACAGAGGAGCCUGAACCACUGCCGGCCCAGUGACCCGCGCUACUGGUAUGGGAAAACUCAACACAGCUCCCUAGACCAGAGCUCACCACCUCAAACAGGGAUAUCCACUUACAACCACCCGGUGCUGGGAAUGUACGACACCAAAGAUGACUUCCCGCUCCGCAAGACAGCUUCUGAGCCUAACCUGAAGCUUCGAUCCAGACUGAAACAGAAAGUGACAGAACGCAGAAGUAGCCCGCUGCUGCGAAGAAAGGACGGGCCUAUCACCACUGCUAAGAAACGCUCACUUGACCUGGCAGAAUCUGCAUGCAACAGUGCUCCUGGUUCUGGUCCAAGUUCACCCAACAACAGUUCAAACAACAUCACCAAUGAGAACGGCAUCACUGGAUCCAUCUCCAACAGUACAAUGGAGACAUCUUUGGCACACAGACUGGCGGGCAGAGAGGGUCCUGUUAGCCAGCUGUCUCUCUACACAUCACCAUCCCUUCCCAACAUCACUCUGGGCCUGCCAGCCACAGGCCCUUCCAGCGUGGCAUCCGGCCAGCCGGAUGGUGACAGGUUGGCAAUGCCAGGCUUGCAGCCAGGAAUGCCCAUAACCACUCCUUUCCUGCCAGGUGCCCACCUGCCUUCUUACCUGGCGGCAUCUACCUUAGAGCGAGACGGCAGCUCUGCACACAACACUUAUCUUCAGCAUAUGGUGCUUCUGGAGCAGAACUCCCUUGUCACGGGUCUAGGGGGCGUGGGCCUGCAGUCACAUCCCAUCCACAAGCUUCGACAGCAUCGGCCCCUGGGUCGCACGCAGUCGGCCCCUCUGCCCCAAAACGCCCAGGCCCUGCAGCAGCUGGUGGUUCAACAGCAACAUCAGCAGUUCCUCGAGAAACACAAGCAACAGUUCCAACAGCAGCAACUUCACAUCAGCAAGAUGAUGGCUAAGCCGAGCGAGCCGAGCCGACAGCACGAGAGUCACCCGGAGGAGACCGAGGAGGAACUGAGGGAACAUCAGGGUCUGUGCGACUCCACUGAGAGUCUUCCUCACGGGGUCACCAUCAAACAGGAACCUCCGGACGAACAGGGUGAAGAGUUCCAGCAGAGAGAUAGACAAGCUGAAGAAGAGAUGCUCUUUAGGCAGCAAGCUCUCCUUUUGGAGCAACAGAGGAUUCAUCAGUUGAGGAAUUAUCAGGCAUCUAUGGAGGCGGCCGGUCUGUCCGUGACGUUUCCAGGGCAUCGGCCUCUGUCCAGAGCACAAUCCUCUCCAGCCUCAGCAACCUUUCCCAUCGUGGUGCAGGAACCGCCCGUCAAACCACGCUUUACCACCGGUCUGGUGUACGACACGCUGAUGCAGAAGCACCAGUGCAUGUGUGGAAACAGUAACAUACACCCCGAACACGCCGGCCGCAUCCAGAGCAUCUGGUCACGCCUGCAGGAGACGGGACUGCGCGGUCAGUGUGAGUGUAUUCGAGGCAGAAAAGCCACUUUGGAGGAGUUGCAGACGGUGCACACCGAGGCUCAUGUGCUGCUGUACGGCACAAACCCGCUCAGACAGAAAUUGGACAGCUCGGUGACACCCAUGUUCGUGAGACUGCCGUGCGGUGGAAUCGGGGUUGAUAGUGACACUAUCUGGAAUGAAGUACACUCCUCCAGCGCUGCUCGUCUGGCCGUGGGCUCUGUGGUGGAUCUGGUCUUUAAGGUGGCAUCUGGAGAGCUGAGGAAUGGCUUUGCUGUGGUACGACCUCCAGGACACCACGCUGAGGAAAGCACUCCAAUGGGAUUUUGCUACUUCAACUCAGUCGCCAUUGCAGCUAAACUCCUCCAGCAGAGACUCAACGUCAGUAAGGUUCUCAUUGUAGACUGGGAUGUUCACCAUGGCAAUGGGACUCAGCAGGCUUUCUACAGCGACCCAAAUGUCCUGUAUGUGUCUCUGCAUCGCUACGAUGAUGGGAACUUCUUUCCCGGAAGUGGAGCCCCUGAUGAGGUGGGCACCGGUCCAGGUGUGGGGUUUAAUGUGAACAUGGCUUUCACUGGAGGUCUGGAGCCACCCAUGGGGGACGCCGAAUAUCUGGCAGCAUUCAGGACGGUGGUGAUGCCAAUAGCCAACGAGUUUGCUCCAGACGUGGUGCUGGUUUCUUCGGGCUUUGACGCUGUGGAGGGGCAUCCGCCACCGCUCGGAGGAUACACACUAACGGCCAAAUGUCUUGGCUACCUGACCAGGCAGCUGAUGGGACUGGCCGGCGGUCGGGUGGUACUCGCCUUGGAGGGGGGUCACGACCUCACCGCUAUUUGUGAUGCCUCUGAAGCAUGUGUUUCUGCUUUGCUUGGAAACGAGCUGGACCCUCUCCCAGAAGAAGUGCUACAGCAAAGGCCGAACUCCAACGCUGUUCAGUCCAUGGAGAAAGUUCUGGAAGUUCACGGUAAAUACUGGCGCUCACUGCAGCGGUCGGCCUCCACGCUGGGCUACUCGUUGCUGGAGGCGCAGCGUUGUGAAAGCGAUGAGGCGGAGACCGUGACCGCUAUGGCCUCCCUGUCCGUGGCCAACAAGCACAUGGGGAAGAGGACAGAGGAGGAGCCUAUGGAAGAGGAACCUCCAUUGUAGAAGGUCCGCUGAACUUCCUUGGCGACUCUCUUGGCUCGGAGCCUCUUCGGGGCAUCUGACCUCACUCUGCUCUCUCCAUCCGUUUCAUUUAUUGCUCCGGCUCCGCCGGGCACGACGUGUGCACUUUGAGCACCGGAACCGAAACGGUCUGAAGAACUCUCCAUAACAACCAGAGUGCAACAGUACAAAAACCAUCUCAGCUGGGUCUCUCUAUGUGCCAGUGUCCAGGACGCUGUUCCCAGUCUGUCCACAAGGGGCACUUUUGAGCAGAACAAAGACUCACGUUUCAUUGUUAGAUGUGAGAGCUGGUGCUUUCAACAAAAACUUUUCCUUUCCUUAAUUUUCCAGAGCCACUAAAUAGCCCACGUGACUGAUUUUGGCUGUGGGCCUCAUUAUGGCCGCAUCCUUUUGUCGUUUUAUUUUUUUAUGUUGUUUUUGUCGAUAAAAUAAUGACAUUCAUUCCAUUUGUCAUCCAAGUUACUGCUAGGCGCUUCUGACGAUAAUGACUAUUGACCCCGGAGGGCGGAGAAUGAGAUCUGAGAUAGAGAAAGAGCGAAGAAUUCUGGGAAACCCCCAAACACGGAGCCAUGAGAGUGACGAUGCGAGUUUGUGCCUUUUUCGAAAGAGUUUUCGUAAUGGAUCGAGAAGAACAUUGCCUUAAACUAGUUACAGGAGGGAAGACGUCCCACCACCCCGUUUUAUUGUUUAAGGGGUGGGGACGCUUGAGGGUCAAAGGCUGGCCUGAAGAUUCGAGAAACCCUCCGCAUGUUUACCAGGAACUCCCCGCAGACAUCUUCAAGUUUCACGCACGCUUUUUACCGUUUUACGUUGAUUCAUUUUUCUGUGCUUGUGUCGGACAUUACAUAACUUGAACUCGUGUCACUGACAAAUGAACUUCUAAGGUAGUUGCCGACUUCUCCAGUGCUUUAGAAGGCAAGCCAAUGUAGCGUCUUGUUUCAACUUCAAUGACCAAAUACGCACCUCAAGUUCCUCAAAGGGUUAACCAGCAUGCACCGUUUCUGAACAGCUUUCCAUCUGCCAAGUUUCACUUUAAAUCUUAUAUGUAGAUUAACAGCAGCAACUACAAAAAAAAAGAAAAACGUCAAAUAUUCGAGAGCAUGAGUUUACUGUUAACCCCAGCAGUUUUUCGCCACUAGCUGCAUUCACACAUGAUAGGGCUGUAAUGACGACGUGUCAUACAAAUUUGUGGUUUAAAAGAAAAUCACUUUCUAUUUUUCCUUAUCUCAACACAUUGUACUUUUAUAGCUACGAAUGUCUCGAUUUCUUUACAGUUAAUCAAGGGCACUAGCUUAUCACCAACGUUAUUCUACUCGGCAGAUGGUCGAUUUUAUCGACACCUUUGAACCAAGAGCAAAAGGGCUGGUUAACGAUUUUAAAUGUACCACUGAGCCUUUAGAUGUGCCACCUGGUGUGAUUUAGUGCUGGUGUAAAGCGUCACAUUGCCUGCCGUCCGCCCUGAGCUAAGGCAACGAUGCGAAGGGCUUUCACUAGGGGCAGGUGCUACAGAACAUGUGCUUGUCACAUGACACAAUCCAGGAAGUAGCGGGACCACCAGCUUCCACUCAGAAAACAUUCGUAAACGCCUCUGAGACAACUGUGAUACUCGGACAAUCUGCAUGGGACUUUGUAGUUUUGGAGCCGUGUCCUUUCAGUUAAAGGGCCGGCGUACCGAUGCUUCUCAACAGCACAUAGAAGUGUGUGUGUGUGUGUAUAUUUAUAUAUACGCAAUUAUGCAUGCUCACGGUAAAACAUUUGGCUUGACUUUGAUUGUACAUUUAAUUUUUUGGGAUUCUGGACUGAUUCAGAGGUAAUGAUUUGUUUGACAACCCUUCUGCUUGGGCUCACGCGACUACCUUUGGCAUUCUUUAACUGUGUAGGUUGAAUUAGGAAAGAUUUGACUCACUGUUGCCAUUGUUCUUUGACUUUAUUUUAUAUGCGCCUGUCACUCAUGACUACUCCACUUCUGGGUUUUGACCCAUUUCCUGUAUUCCUUGUUGUGUUUUGUCUUGUUUUUGUACUUUUGAAUUUUGUUUGUUGGCCUUUUUAUAGUUGACAAUGUGUUUAACAUGCUUAAAAUCCUUCAUUUCUCAUUUCUUGGAGAGUAACAGGCUUUCCGGACAUUCUUGGGGUCUGGUUUUUUAUUGUCAUUUUGUUUUAUUUUGUUUGGUUUUUUAUGCGGUGGGAGGGAGAUGGUUUUACUUUGUAUAUCGAUUCCAACAAUUGUGUAUUUACUACGUUCUGUUCAUAGUAGAUUUAUAUGACAAAGAUCUAUAGAUAUAUUAUAUAUGAUAAAGUUUGCAGACUCGAAUGAGAAAUUAGUAUUGCAAAGUAUCAGUAUAUGUGGUCUGGCUUUGCCCAUUACUGGUUUCACUAUAGGCACUGUUUAAAGCUGCCGUUGGUUUCAUUCAUUUACAGUCGCAUUAGUUUAGAGACUCGUCAUGACUUCACUCUUUAUUUUGACACGCUUGAUAAAUUCCUGUACAAAAAAGACCCCGAUAAAGACUCUUACGGCCUUUAAAUUUGACUAGUAAACGUUGAUUUUGUUAGAUACUGACAUCACAACUAGGGUAAAACUAAACUUUGUGUUAUUUUUGUGCUUUUUAGACUUUAAGUAGGUUUGAAUUAGAAGUAAGGUGGAUCUUACAAAACCAGCCGAGAAGAUGUAUGGGUCACAUUUCACCCUGCAAAUCAAAAAAUAAUGAUUUGAAACUUAAAUUAUAUUUUUUUAAAACAUGAAUAAAUAAAUUAAAAUAAAUAAAUAAAUAUUGUUGUAUUCCAGAAGCUGUAAUAAAAUACAAAAUUAUGGUUAAUAUUUAACUCAUUCCCCGCCAGCCUUUUUUUUUGAAAAGUUGCCCGCCAGCAUUUUUUGUGAUUUUCACAAAAGUUUCACAAAAUGCCUUCUAGGGAAAAAAUUCAAAAAAUAUAUAAACAUACAAAUAUAUCAAAUGAAAGAGCAGACCCUCUGCUUUCAAAUAAACAAACAACAAAACAGGAAAAAAUGUUAUCCUUUCUAUAGUUUUUCUCUGCUAAUAAACUUUUGAAUAUGGGUAUUUUUUAGCAAAAAGCUGAAAUAAUUGCAUUUUUGUGAAGGAAUUUUGUUAAAGAACCAGAUUCAGAACGAUUAUCAAACAAUACACGGAGUGUAAAAUUUAUAAAUAAAUUUUGCUUCAGUUUUUUAUAUAUUGGGUAAGUGCGCCAUCUAGUAUAUAAUCAUGGUAUUACAGAUUACCAUAAAAACGCAUCAGGAACACGUUUUUUUUUUUCAUGCAAAUGUGUUUCUCUUAAUUGAUGAGAUAACUUGUCAAUGUCAUUGACAAGCAUUUAUUAUUAUAAAUAAUAUUAUUAUUAACCAUAAUUUUGGAAUAGAGUUAAAUGAACCUUUACCAAAGGUAAAAAAAAAUCGGUAACUUUACAAUAAUAAGAGUUUGCCGUUUGCUUAAUCAUCGUGGAAAAGUCCCAAAUAUUGUUUAUCGCAAAAAUUGUUUAUUUUUUAAUGCUUUUUUAUUUUAGGGUGAAACGUGACAUGGAUGUGGUUUUGUGAGAUUUUGACCUGAUGAUGUCAGUGUUUACUCUGUGAACUCUUUUGAUUGUUUAAAUCUGUCUUACUCCUUUAAGGCAUCAUCUGUUUGGGGCCUUUUGAAGUAUCAUGUCCAAUGCGUCCGACAAAUCUCUACAAAAUUACUUUUUUAAAAGUACAGACACUGACAAAAAUAUCACCUGUAAAUUUUUACUGGUAAACUUUGAUUUUGUUAGAGCAAGUACUGACAUCACAACUAGGAUAAAACUAUACUUGAUGUUAUUUUUGUGCUUUUAAGACUUUAAGGAGGUUUGAAACAGAAGUAAGGUGGAUCUCACGAAACCAGCCGAGAAGAUGUUUGGGUCAUAUUUCACCCUGCAAAUAAAAAAAAGAUUUGAAAUUUAAAUAUUUGUUAAAACAUAAAUAAGUUCAUUAAAAUAAAUAAAUACCGUUGUAUUUCAGAAGCAGUAAGACGAUACAAAAUUAUGGUUCAUAUUUAAGUGAACCUUUACCAAAUAAAAACUAAAUUAUCCAGUAACUUUACAAUUAUAAGAGUUUGCCGUUUGCAAAUCAUUGUGAAAAGUCCCAAAUAUUUUUCAUAGCAAACACAGUUUAUUUUUUUAUGCUUUUUUAUUUUAGGGUGAAAUGUGACAUGGAUGUGGUUUUGUGAGAUUUUGACCUGAUGAUGUCAGUGUUUACUCUGAACUCUUUUGUUUGUAAAAUCUGUCUUACAUUAUCUAUUUUGGACCUGAAAAAUCUCUACUGAAUUAUUUUUUGAAAAGUACAGACACUGACAAAAAUAUCAUGGACUCUGACACCUGUAAAUUUUACUGGUAAACUUUGAUUUUGUUCGAGCAAGUAGAUACUGACAUCACAACUAUAGGAUAAAACUAAACUUGAUGUUAUUUUUGUGCUUUUAAGACUUUAAGUAGGUUUGAAUUAGAAGUAAGGUGGAUCUCGCAAACCAGCCGAGAAGAUGUUUGGGUCACAUUUCACCCUGCAAAUAAAAAAGAUUUGAAACUUAAAUAUUUGUUUAAACAUAAAUAAAUUAGUUAAAAUAAAUAAAUACUGUUGUAUUUCAGAGGCGGUAAGACGAUACAAAAUUAUGGUUAAUAUUUAAGUGAACCUUUACCAAAGGAAAACUAAAUUAUCCACUAUCUUUACAAUAAUAAGAGUUUUCCGUUUGGAAAUCAUUGUGAAAAGUCCCAAAUAUUGUUCAUCGCAAACACAGUUUAUUUUUUAUGCUUUUUUAUUUUAGGGUGAAAUGUGACAUGGAUGUGGUUUUGUGAGAUUUUGACCUGAUGAUGUCAGUGUUUACUCUGAACUCUUUUGUUUGUAAAAUCUGUCUUACAUUAUCUAUUUUGGGCUCGACAAAUCUCUACUGAAUUACUUUUUGAAAAGUACAGACACUGACAUUGGAUGAAAUCAUCUCGGACAUGUAAAGCAACAUUCCCAAAGAGCUUUGUAAUAAGAGCACUAACACUAAAGUCAGCCCAUCUAUACAAUCUUACAGGAUCAUUACAGUUCCUCAUUUUGUAUAAAAAAGCAUUCCAUUAGUUUUCCUUAUUUUUUUAACCUUUGACAUUACGUCAUUCCUGCCAAUUUACCACGAUGCCUGGCCUGAGCGUUGUUUAUUUGCAGGUCAGAGUUUAUUUCAUCGUCUUUCCGUCACAGCUGUAGAUUUCUGCAUGGUUUGUGCGUCAGCAUGCCCGUCUGUCCUGUAACAUAUUUGCACAGAGGAGGAACACAGGAGGUUGGAUGCUUUUACAAUAUAUCGGUGGACAUGAGAUGGAAGUUGUUAUUUUUCCUUCUCGUUUUCUGGUCAGUACGCAGAUGGAACGAUGCUCUGUUUCCUACAGAUGUGCUUUUUACUUGUUUCAAAAAACGAACGAAAGACUUUUGAAUAUUUUACAAGAAGUUAUCUAGCACUUGUGACAUACAGACUAUAGACUUUAUUGUAUUUAUGUAGAGCCUUGUUUUAGGUGAACUACACACUACACCACACGUUAGAUUGCCUGUGUGACGACUUCUUGCUUUAUGAUUUGUUUUUCUAGUUUUCCUCUGGAUGUAUUUUUGGGGCUAGAGGAGGACUAGGAAAAGAUGAGGGUUGUUCCUUUACGUCUGGAAUCAUCAAAGGGCUUUUCCAGAUGCGAGACGGAUGUAUCUUAAGUUUGUCAGAAAGAUAAAAACACACUUAUCAGCCAGUAAUACCUGUGACCACUGUGGCUCAAGAACACUCUAGGUUUACAAAAUGUAAGAAAUGCAUAUUAUUUUUGUCACUUUGUUUUUUUUUUUCAUUGUUACAAUAGAAAUUUUCUUGGGACCUUUGCUCUAACGUCUGUCUUUGACAUCAAUUAUAAAGUACCUUGUUUUUGAAUA